GUACUGCUAUCAAAUAAUUUCAAAGAUUUCCAGCAGUGCUUGUGCAUCAUCAUUCAAAAACUGUCUGAAAAGACUUUAUUUGAAAAAGUGAUUAACUCUUGUUAUUUUUAUAGCAAUCCAAUUCAUUUUGUUUUAUUUUCUCUCCUAUCGAUUUUGGUUCUGUUGUCCCAAAGCAAUGAUUAUCGAUUAUGAAUGUAAUAAGAAGCUAAGAAAAUGCAGAUAAUUAGAUUAUUCAUCAUAAUAAAGUCACUAUUCUCCAACACACACCAACAGGUUAGGUAUACGGAAAAGUAACGUGAAAUCGAAAAUUAACUGGAAAUUCAGCUAAACCGAAUUGUUUUUGAGAUGUGUCAGUGUCAGUGACAGUUAGUCUUAACGUAAAAUGGAAACCUUUCUUCGGUGUUAUUUUGAUUACUUCAGUUCCCUUCCGAGAAAUAGUUUACACGAUAGAAGAAAACGGAAAAACAUGGUGGACUACAUCAGCACUUUGAUUGAAGGAUGUUCUGCAGAGGAAUCAAACAUUGAGGAAACAGCUCAAGUAGCCAUAAAAACCAUUCUACAGUACCACAAAGAAAUGAAAUAUGAAAACGGAACAGUUUGCAAAAUGGGAAAGUAUCACAAUAUACUGUAUGUUGCUAUGAAGCUCUGCUACGAUUGGAAAGUGAAAGAUAGUGAAACGGUUUGUAAUCUUUUGAGAGAAAUAUACGCAUGUGAAAAUACUUUCGAACGUAUCUUCAUAGGGGCCAUUUUUGGACACAAAGCUCCGCAUUACAUAGCAGGUUGGAAGAGUGAUUUUGAUAACCAAGAAGAGAAUCUGAGUGCAGUAGUGUAUUUCCUUGAAAAGGCUAAUGAUGGAGGUUUAGAACUGAGAUUUAGUACUAACGGAACGUAUACUAACUUUAGGUUCAUUGAUUUACCGAUUGAAAGUUGUGGAAGAGCAUCUCCUUUGAAGAUUGCUGUCCAACUUGGACUACCUGAUAAACUUCUAACUUUUCUCCGAUUCGGAGCGGAAAUUUACACAGAGAACGAAGACACGACUGUUUUGGAGCACAUCUUGAAUCGACUCCAGGUCUUCAACCACCUAUAUCCGUACAAUUUGGUGUCUUGCUUGCAACUGCUAUUGAGGGCAGUUCCUUUCAUAAAAGUGAUAAAACCUGAUGCCGUAGGAGAACACGCAUAUGAUAUUGUCUAUCAGAAAAUGUACGAAAAAUAUUCCGAUUUGAUUGAAGAUGGUCUGAUUCCUCCAACAAGAUGUGGUUUCGUUCCUCCGGAGUUGAAACACUUAUGUAGGUGUGCUGUUAGAAGGAGGCUUUGGGAAAAUCACCAGCUCCCUGAAGGUAUAAGGAGUUUGCCUGUUCCUGAGAAGCUGUGGUUGUACUUAGAUAUUUUGGAAGAUUGAUUAUAUGAUACGGAAUACU